UACUAUAGCUAGUACACACCGGUAGACAGUGUCCUUCGUCCCUGCCUGUCGGCCACUGUUUUCCUGCAGUUCUGUUAAAGACGGCGAGGGACACAGUGUGUUAGCUUAGACAGCUUGUCCUAAGGAGGACUCUUGUACACAGGAGGCGAGAGCGACACAGUGUGCUAGCUAGUAGACAGUGUCGCCCCCUCCUGCUCUGUACUGGAGUAGCUAGCGGAGCCCAGUGAUACAUGAACCAUGGCUGAGCCAAUGGAGAAUGGCUUGUUUGACAUUCCUGACUAUGACAACAUAGAUGACGAGACCUUUCCUCCUCUGCCCCCUCCCUUCUCACCAGGAGAGGGAGGAGAUCCUUUUACAGGGGAGGAGGACGGAGAGAUCUCCAAGCUGGCCGAAGUCCCUGCUGCCAAGAGGAGAGGCGUCAAGAGACCACAGCCUAAACUGGACUCUCAGAGGCUGACGUCAGAAAGAGGACUUCCGGCUCUUCGCACCCUGUUUGACAACGUUCAUUUCAAAGGCAAAGGACAGGAGGCUGAGGACUUAAAGGUGCUGAUGCAGAGGAUGGAGAACUGGGCUCACAGGCUGUAUCCCAAACUACAGUUUGAAGACUUCAUAGACAAACUGGAGACACUUGGCAGCAAGAAAGAAGUCCAGACGUGUCUCAAGAGAAUACGGUUGGACAUGCCGCUGAUACAUGAAGACUUCAUAGGAGACGACGGUGAGGACGACGCCGUGGCUUCGAGAGACGGACGUGUCGUCACCCAUGACGACCCAGACCCGUUUGGAGAUGGGGGUUUCGCUGAAGACCCCCCAGGACCGGUCCCCUCGACCCCAGCCGCUGCCCCCUCCCUGUUCCCUUCCUCCCAGGCUGGCCCGGUCCACUCCACCCCGGCCCCCUCCCUGUUCCCUUCCUCCCAGGCUGGCCCGGUCCACUCCACCCCGGCCCCCUCCCUGACAGAGGAACAGCAGAGGCGUAUAGAACUCAACAGACGGCUUGCCUUAGAGAGGAGACUGGCCCGCAUGCAGCAACACACAGAUGGCUCCCAGGAGAUUACCUCCAGCCAGUCAGCAGACGGACCCUCCACCUCCCAGUCCCAGGAGAUGGCCUCCACCCAGUCAGCAGACGGACCCUCUACCUCCCAGUCCCAGGAGAUGGCCUCCACCCAGUCAGCAGACGGACCCUCUACCUCCCAGUCCCAGGAGAUGGCCUCCACCCAGUCAGCAGACGGACCCUCUACCUCCCAGUCCCAGGAGAUGGCCACCCAGUCAGUAGACGGACCAUCUACCUCCCAGUCCCAGGAGAUGGCCACCCAGUCAGCAGACGGACAUUCUACCUCCCAGUCCCAGGAGAUGGCCUCCACCCAG